GAAGCACGAACAGAAUCUAUUGCCAGACCUUUGGAGAUAAAUGAGGCUGAGAAGAUGAUGAAAAUCGCCAUUGACUCUGUUCUAGAACAAGUCCAAAAGACUAAAGGCAUGUUGAAUAAUGUGGCUUUGGAUGAAGCCAAUUUGGAAGCCAAGAUCGAAAAACGAAAAUUGGAACUGGAAAGAAGCCAGAAGAGGCUACAGACUCUACAAAGUGUUCGUCCUGCUUUUAUGGAUGAGUAUGAGAAGAUUGAGGAGCAACUGCAGAAACAAUACAGUAGUUAUCUAGAAAAAUUCCAUAAUCUGACCUACAUGGAGCAGCUCCUGGAUGAACAUCGACGGACAGAGCAGGAGAUGUUUGAGGAAGCAGCAAACAUGCUGCGCCUUAUGCAGAACAGGCUGAAGGAAGAGGAGCAGCGCCUUCUUAAGAGUGGAAAUAAUGAUGAUUCUGACAUAGAGAUUCAAGAGGAUGAAGGAUCCGAUAGCGAAGUGGAAGACAGGCAGAUCAUAAAGCAGCGCUUCGCCACGGAAACACUACUGCAAGGAAGAGCUGGCGCACGGAUCGUGGGAGCAAUGCAAGGUGGAGACACAGAGGAAGAUGAGGACUCGGGGGAUAGUGAGAUUGACCUGGAUGAAGAUGAAGAUGAGGAGGAGGAUGAUAUGGAAGACGACAGCAUGGAAAUCUCCCCGAGUAAAUCCAGUCACCGAGCAAGGAAGCCAGAGCCACUAGAGGAAAGCGAUAAUGACUUCUGACCGUUUAGUAGCAGGACCAGGAGGCAUCUGGAAAUACAAACUUUGGAGAGCAUGCAGGCCGGGAGCUAAUAUCCUGCCAUUUGAAAAGCGCUUGUCAGCAUGAAUUCGGGAGUCGGUAAAUAAUGUUCAUUAAACUUGAAAAUUAAACUUGGAUUGCCAGUCUUGUGACUCUCAAAGCAUGAGCAGUUUAUCCGUAAUGAGAAUCACAGUAAUGUGGAGUGCGGUUAUUUCCAUAAUUGCAUUAGAACUGGCCCUCAUGCACUGCAGUGCCAAAAGUCGCACUCCAGUGAGCAUCGUGUGCUUGAUUUCCCUGCAUUUUAUUACGUCCAAACAGAUUUUUUGGGCUUAAUAAAACUGGAUGAAAAGCUG